CAGGCGCAGACACAGUGGACCUCGGGUGAGAGUUCUGCACAACCAGCCAGACGUGAUGAAUGGCCACGUCUCUCCUCCUCUUGAUGUCCUGGUCACCAACAACACUGAGCCAGCCAUCGUCCCCAAUACCAUGAAGGCCAUGCUGGGAGCUGGCACGCCCUCUGGGCCCCAGGCUGAGGCAGCGUCGUCCACCCAGGCUAGAAGCAUCGCUGGGGUGUAUGUGGAGGCCUCGGGCCAGGCCCAGAGUCUCUACACUGCCAUGAAGCAGGGCCUCCUACCUCGUGGGCUCGGGCUGGCUCUGCUGGAGGCCCAGGCGGCCACUGGGGGCCUUGUGGACCCUGCCCAGGGCCAGCUGCUCCCCGUAUCUGAGGCCCUGCAGCAGGGUCUGGUGGGCCUGGAGCUGAAGGAGAAACUGCUGGCUGCCGAACGCGCGGUCACUGGGUAUCCAGACCCCUAUGGGGGUGGGAGGCUGGCCCUCUUCCAGGCCAUCGGGAAGGAGGUUGUGGACAGGGCACUGGGGUGGAGCUGGCUAGAGGCCCAGCUAGCCACUGGGGGCCUGGUGGACCCCAUCCGGGGCGUGCGUGUGGCUCCAGAGCUGGCCUGCCAGCAGGGCCUCCUGGAUCAGGAGACAUGGCAUAGCCUGUCGGAGCAUGAGUCCGGCUCGGGUGCCCUGGGCUUCCUGGAUCCCAGCACUCUGGAGCGGCUGCCGUACCGUGAGCUGCUGGGCAGGUGUGUGCGAGCCCCUAACACAGGGCUGGCCCUGCUGCCCCUUAAGAUCACUUUCCGCACCCUGAGUGGGGCGGUGAGCUUGGCAGAGCUGCUGGAGGCAGGGGUCCUGGACAAGGAGACGGCCCACGGCCUGCAGGAGGGCAGGCUGGCGGUGCUGGACGUGAGCGCACGCGCCGAGGUGCAGCGCUACCUGCAGGGCACUGGUGGCAUGGCGGGGGUCGUCCUGCUGCCCGCUGGCCUCAAGAAGAGCUUCUUCCAGGCCGUCACCGAGCACCUGCUCCCAAUGGGCGCUGCGCUCCCACUCCUGGAGGCUCAGGCCGCCACCUGUGCGCUGGUGGAGCCAGCUACCGGCCGGCGGCUGUGGGUAGAUGAGGCAGUCAGGGCAGGCCUGGUUGGCCCAGAGCUCCACAGGCAGCUCUUGGUGGCAGAGCAGGCGGUGACGGGGUACCAUGAUCCCUUCAGCGGCACCCGCAUCCCCCUCUUCCAGGCCAUGAAGAAGGAGCUGGUAGACAGGCCUCUGGCGCUGCGGCUCCUGGAUGCCCAGCUGGCCACAGGCGGGCUAGUGUGUCCAGCCCGCAGGCUCCGGCUGCCCCUGGAGGCUGCCCUGCACUUUGGCUGCCUGGACGAAGAAACUCAGCUGUGUCUCUCACAGGCCGCUGGCUUCUCGGACUCCAGCACACAGGAGAGUCUGGGCUAUGGGCAGCUGCUGGCCCGCUGUGUCACCGACCCAGAGACGGGGCUGGCCUUCCUGCCCCUCUCAGCAGGGGCCCUCAAACAGGAGCCGCAGGGACCCCCGUUCAUCGAGCACAGCACGCGGCAGGCCUUGAGUGCAGCCAUGACCACUGUCUCCGUGGGCAAGUUCCAGGGCCAGCUCGUGUCGCUCUGGGACCUGCUCUUCUCCGAGGCAGUCCCUGUGGAGCAGAGGGCGACGCUGGCCCAACAGCACAAGGAAGGGGCCCUCUCGGUGGAAGAACUGGCAGCUACGCUGAGGGCCACCCUUGAGCAGGCUGCAGCCAAUGCCAGGAUCACCUUUGCUGGGCUGAGGGUCGCUGUGACACCAGGAGAGCUGCUGAGUGCAGAGAUCAUCGACCAGGAUGUGUAUGAGCAGCUGGAACGAGGACAGACCACGGCCCAGGACGUGGGCAGCCUGGACUCGGUGCAGAGGUACUUGCAGGGCACCGGCUGCCUUGCCGGCCUGCUGCUGCCCGGCUCCCAGGAGCGGCUCAGUAUCUACGAGGCUCGCAGGAAGGGGCUGCUCAGGCCCGGCACGGCCCUCAUCCUCCUGGAGGCGCAGGCGGCCACAGGCUUCAUCAUUGACCCAAAAGAAAACGAGAGAUAUUCCGUGGAGGAGGCGCUAAGGGCCGGUGUGAUCGGGCCUGACGUGUUUGCAAAGCUGCUGUCGGCCGAGCGCGCCGUCACGGGCUAUACCGAUCCCUACACCGGGGAGCAGAUCUCCCUCUUCCAGGCCAUGAAGAAGGGCCUCAUCGUCAGAGACCACGGCAUCCGCCUGCUGGAGGCCCAGAUCGCCACGGGCGGCAUCAUCGACCCCGUGCACAGCCACCGUGUGCCCGUGGAGGUGGCCUACCAGCGCGGCUACUUCGACCAGACGUUGAACUUGAUCCUGGCGGACCCGAGCGACGACACCAAGGGCUUCUUCGACCCCAACACGCAUGAGAACCUCACCUACAUGCAGCUGCUGGAGCGCUGCGUGGAGGACCCCGAGACGGGCCUCUACGUGCUGCCGCUCAGCUGCACACAGCCCCCGCUGGUGGAUGGCGCCACCCGGCAGGCCUUCCAGCGCCUGCUGCUGUCGGUGAAGUACGGGCGGUUCCAGGGGCAGAGGGUCUCUGCAUGGGAGCUGAUCAACUCGGAAUGCUUCAGUGAGGACCAGAGGAGGCAGCUCCUGCAGAACUACCGGCUGCGCAAGGUCUCUCUGGAGCAGGUCGCACAGCUGCUGGAGAGAGAGAUGGGGAGGUGGGCAGACGUCACACUGCCCACGCUACGGGGCCGGGUCACUGCCUAUCAGCUCCUAGAGGCCCACAUCAUUGACCAGGAGCUCCUGGACCAGGUGCUGGAGGGGGCAGUCAGCCCCGAGGCUCUCCUCCACAUGGACAGUGUCCACAGGUACCUGCGUGGCUCGGGCGCCGUGGGCGGCGUGCUGUUGCAGCCCUCCAACCAGCGGCUUGGCCUCUACCAGGCCAUGAAGCAGAAACUGCUGGGGCCGGGAGUGGCCCUGGCCCUGCUGGAGGCCCAGGCAGCCACCGGAGCCAUUAUCGACCCCCACAGUCUGGAGACCCUGUCGGUGGAUGAGGCCGUGCGCAGGGAGCUGGUGGGGCCAGAGCUGUAUGGCAGGCUGAGACAGGCCGAGGAUGCCAUCACUGGCUGUAGAGACCCCUUCUCUGGGAAGCGGGUGUCCCUGUUUGGGGCCAUGAAGAAGGGACUUGUCCCUGUGGAGCAGGCUACCCGCCUCCUGGAGGCCCAAGUGGCCACAGGAGGGGUGAUUGACCCCACCGGCCACCACCACCUCCCCAUGUCCGUGGCUACCCAGCGUGGCUGCAUUGACCAGGAGAUGGAGACGGCCUUGUCCAGCUCCUCUGAGACCUUCCCCACACCAGACGGCCGGGGACACACCAGCUACACCCGGCUUCUGGAUCAGUGUCUGAGGGAUGAGGCCUCUGGCCUUCACCUCCUGCCCCUGCCAGAAAGUGCUCCUGCUGUCCCCACAGACGAGCAGGUCCGGGAGACGCUGCAGGCUACACAGGGGGCUGAGGAUGGCAGGUCCCUCUGGGACCUGCUGGCCUCCUGCCACUUCACAGAGGAACAGCGCAGGGGCUUCUUGGAGGACUUCAGGGUGGGGAAGACCACCGUGCAGCAGCUGCAGGCGGCUGUGUGGAGGUGGGUGCAGGAGGUGGAGCUCCUGGCACGGGCCCGUGUCACAGUGCCCGGCCCUCGGGGCGAGAUCCCCGCCGUCUGGCUGCUGGAUGCUGGCAUCAUCACCCAGGAGGCCCUGGUGGCUCUGGCUCAGGGCACGAGGUCGCCCGCCGAGGUUGCCGAGCAGCCCGAGGUGAAGGCCUGCCUGUGGGGCACGGGCUGUGUGGCGGGCGUCCUGCUGCAACCCUCGGGGACCAAGGUGAGCAUCACCCAGGCCAUAAGGGACGGCCUCCUGCCCGUGGGCCUGGGGCAGAGACUGCUGGAGGCCCAGGUGGCAUCUGGCUCCCUUGUGGACCCUCUGACCAACCAGAGACUGUCAGUGGAAGGUGCGGUCCAGGCUGGUCUGGUGGAUGGAGCCCUGGGUGAGCAGCUCCGGCAGGCUGAGGUGGCGGUGGCUGGGUACACGGACCCUUACUCGGGGGGCGCCCUCUCGCUGUGGCAGGCCAUGGAGAAGAGGCUUGUGCCCCAGAGCGAGGGCUUCCCCCUUCUGCAGGCACAGCUGGCCACAGGGGGUGUGAUGGACCCCAUCCAUGGGGUGCACCUGCCCCAGGUGGCAGCCUGCAGACUUGGCCUCCUGGACGAGACGACACACCGGGCGCUGACCACGAAGGAUGAGGACAGCAAGUUCUUCUUCGACCCCAGCAUGCGGGACAUGGUGACAUACCAGCAGCUCAAGGAGCGCUGUGUCCUGGACGCCGACACUGGCUUGUGGCUGCUGCCGCUCCCCCAGGACGUGGCGCUUGAGGUGGACAACCACACGGCGGUGGCCCUGAGGGCCAUGAAGGUGCCCAUUGGCACGGGGAGGUUCAAAGGACUCAGUGUGUCGCUCUGGGACCUGCUGCACUCGGAGUAUGUCAGCAUCCACCAGCGGCGGGAGCUGGCGGCGCUCUGCCAGUCCGGGAGGGCCACAGCCCUGCGACAGGUGGUCAGCGCUGUCACUGCUCUGGUUGAGGCCUCAGAGAAGCAGCCCUUGAAGGCCGCCUUCAGAGGGCUCCGGAAGCAGGUGUCAGCCAGCGACCUGUUCAGGUCCCAGCUGAUCGACAAGAAGACGCUGGACGAGCUGAAUCAGGGGAGGAGGACCGUGCAGGAGGUGACGGAGAUGGACAGCGUGAGGCAGUUCUUGGAAGGAGGCAACUUCAUCGCCGGGGUCCUUGUCCAGGGCACGAAGGAAAGGAUGAGCAUCUCAGAGGCCCUGAGGAGGCACGUCCUGCGGCCAGGCACGGCCUUGGUGCUGCUGGAGGCACAGGCUGCCACGGGCUUCCUCAUUGACCCUGUGGAGAACCGGAAGCUGACCGUGGAGGAGGCGUUUGCAGCAGGGAUGUUUGGCAGGGAAACCUACCAGAAGCUGCUGUCAGCCGAGCGCGCCGUCACAGGCUACACCGACCCCUACACCGGGGAGCAGAUCUCCCUCUUCCAGGCCAUGAAGAAGGGCCUCAUUGUCAGGGACCACGGCAUCCGCCUGCUGGAGGCCCAGAUCGCCACGGGCGGCAUCAUCGACCCCGUGCACAGCCACCGCGUGCCCGUGGAGGUGGCCUACCAGCGCGGCUACUUCGAUGAGGAGAUGAACCGCGUCCUGGUCGACCCGAGCGACGACACCAAGGGCUUCUUCGACCCCAACACCCACGAGAACCUCACCUACGUGCAGCUGCUGCGGCGCUGCGUGCGCGACCCCGACACGGGGCUCUACAUGCUGCAAGUUGUAAAGAAAGGAGAAACCUACAUGUAUGUUGAUGAAGCCACAAGGCAAGUUCUGCAAUCCAAAACUACGAAGGUGCACGUGGGGAGGUUUGCGAAUCAGAUGGUCUCCUUCUGGGACCUGCUGUCCUCCUCGUAUUUCACAGAGGAAAGGAAGCGACAGCUUGUCCAGGAGUACAGAGCCCAGAAAUUGCGCAUAGAGCAGUUGCUGGAGGUCAUUACCACGACAAUCAAAGAAACAGAAGAGCAAAACCAAGGCAUCACGGUAGCAGCCAUUGGCGGGGAGGUGACAGCUGCAGAGUUAUUCAACUCUGGAAUCAUUGAUAAAAAGACCCUGGAUACACUGCACAGGGGGCAAGGACGGGGGCAGGACCUCAGCAGGCUAGAGCACGUGAAAAUCUAUCUAGAAGGCAGUGGCUGCAUUGCAGGGGUGACUACACCUGCCACCCAGGAGGUGAUGAGCUUCUACGAGGCCAGCAGGAGAGGACUCAUCCCCAUGGGGUUUGCGACUCAGCUGCUGGAGGCGCAGGCAGCCACAGGGUUCAUGCUGGAUCCCCUCAGCCACCAGAGGCUCUCGGUGGACGAGGCCAUGGCUGUCGGCCUGGUGGGGGACGAGUUGCAGGAAAGGCUUCUGAAUGCAGAGAAGGCUGCCAAAGGCUACACGGACCCAGCCACGGGAGACACGAUCCCACUGUUCCAGGCCAUGAAAAGGAAGUUAGUGAAACAGGAGGAGGCACUCAGACUGCUGGAGGUGCAGGUGGCCACAGGGGGCAUCAUCGACCCACUGAACCACCACCGGCUCCCGCUGGACACAGCCUACAGACGUGGCUGUCUGCACCAGGACGUGUACCCGCUCAUUUCAGGUCAGAGGGGCAUGAAUAAAAGGUUUGUGGAUCCCAACACGCGAGAGAAGGUGACAUACCAGGAGCUGCAGGAGAGGAGCCGCCAUGAAGAGGGGGCAGGCUGGGCUCUGUUUCCUGUGGUCAGCGAUGGGAAGGACUCCGAGUAUAUCGAUGAGGCAACAAGAAGUGCCCUCGAGGCUGAGCGGAUAGAGGUCACGGUGGGAAGGUACAGGGGACAGACGCCAUCAGUGUGGGAGCUGCUGAACUCCGAAUAUGUGACAGAGGAGAAGAAGCUCGAGUUAGUAGGUGAAUACAAAAGAGACACAGCACGUGCACUAGAAAAGGUAGUAAAAGUUAUACUUCAAAUAAUUGAUGAGAAGGAAAAGAGCCAUAAACAAUUAUGGUUCAGAGGCAUCAGAGGACAAAUCAGAGCGUCUGACCUCUUCCACUCUGCAAUCAUAAGCAAGGAGACGCUGGAGGAACUGGAGAGAGGAGAGAGCACAGUGGAAGACAUCCAGGAACGCGAAGAACUCAAGCGCUACUUGGAGGGCACGAGCUGCAUCGCGGGCGUGCUGGUGCCCGCCAAGGACGAGCCGGGGCGGCAGGAGAAGAUGAGCAUCUACCAGGCCAUGUGGAAGGGCGUCCUGCGGCCGGGCACGGCCCUGGUGCUGCUGGAGGCGCAGGCGGCCACCGGCUUCGUCAUCGACCCCGUGCGCAACCAGAGGCUGUCCGUGGAGGAGGCGGUGGCCGCGGGCGUGGUGGGCAGCGAGAUCCAGGACAAGCUGCUGUCGGCCGAGCGCGCCGUCACGGGCUACACCGACCCCUACACCGGGGAGCAGAUCUCCGGCACGAGCUGCAUCGCGGGCGUGCUGGUGCCCGCCAAGGACGAGCCGGGGCGGCAGGAGAAGAUGAGCAUCUACCAGGCCAUGUGGAAGGGCGUCCUGCGGCCGGGCACGGCCCUGGUGCUGCUGGAGGCGCAGGCGGCCACCGGCUUCGUCAUCGACCCCGUGCGCAACCAGAGGCUGUCCGUGGAGGAGGCGGUGGCCGCGGGCGUGGUGGGCAGCGAGAUCCAGGACAAGCUGCUGUCGGCCGAGCGCGCCGUCACGGGCUACACCGACCCCUACACCGGGGAGCAGAUCUCCCUCUUCCAGGCCAUGAAGAAGGACCUCAUCGUCAGGGACCACGGCAUCCGCCUGCUGGAGGCCCAGAUCGCCACGGGCGGCGUCAUCGACCCCGUGCACAGCCACCGCGUGCCCGUGGAGGUGGCCUACCAGCGCGGCUACUUCGACGAGGAGAUGAACCGCGUCCUGGCGGACCCGAGCGACGACACCAAGGGCUUCUUCGACCCCAACACGCACGAGAACCUCACCUACAUGCAGCUGCUCCAGAGGGCCACUCUUGACCCAGAGACUGGCCUCUUAUUUCUUUCCCUCUUUUAAGUGUGAAUGGACUUUGUAAUGUUCCUGUGUC